UUGUAUCUAUUUUAAUGAAACUUAUUUUUGUGAAAUAUUUUCACAUAUUCAGUCAUCUUAUAACGAUUUAUAAAAGUUAAAUUUUUGACAAACAUUCAUCGACAGUAACAACAAUAAAGGUGUAAAAAAAGCCAGAAUUUUUUAGCACAUCUACAAAGUAGAAAUUUGCAAAAAAAAAAAAAAGGAAAAAGAUCUACAUAGUACAUAUACUAUUUUCAUUGUUUAGUACAUAUUUUUUAUUUGUAAUGCCAAACAUUCAACAUAUAAACGAAUUUCAACAUACAGAUUAAAAAUAUAUUACAAAUUCGCAUUGCAAAUUUCAUUGUAAAUGUUAAUUGCACUGCUAACAGUAGACGCUGUUUUAAAGAAAUCGUUAUUGAGGAGUUUUCAAAGGCGUGGCAAUACUCUCGAAAGUUCACAAGCUUCCAUUAACAACCCAUCAACAAAAUUAGCAAAACACCAAAACCUGCAGUUAUCCUCUGGUAAGAAAGCCAAAGUGAAAGUAUCUUCGCGAUUUUCUACUAAUCCAACAAUGAGUACAAUUGGUCGUCAUCAAAGCCCUUCUACUGGAUCUGUCUCAUUAACUUCAAAAACUAUGACGGAGAAUAUUGAUAACAUAAUAAAUAAUAACACGGCCAUAAUAUCUUUUAAAUCCGGUGAUAAACAAUGUUGUCACGAAAUUAAGAGUAAAAAUGUUAAAAUCAUUGCUAAUCCUGGCACACAUGACCAUGGUUCUUCAAAGGUCAAAUUGAAGAGUAUCGUGGACUAUAUAUGGGAAGUGAAACACUAUCCUGGACAUUUAAUAGCAGUCGAUAUUGAUGAGAAGUAUAUUGCAUAUGUUAUAAAUGUCAACAAUAAGGUGUCGCGUAUGGAAGGCAUGGUUCGUGUUGUCAAUACAGCUAAGGGCUUGCGUGCUUUAAUCAAGGGGAUGUCUGGAGAAGUAUUAGAUUUGCAAUUUGCUCACAUAGAGAAGGAGAAAGUAUUGGCAUCGAUUGAUGCAAACUCAUUGUAUGUGCACAAAAUCGUAUUACACGAGGGCACGCUAUUGUGCAAUUUAAUUCUAAAGAUUGAAGAUCCCUUGACAAAUUAUACUCCAAAAUAUGAUAAAAUAUCAUGGUGCCCAUUUAUCCAACUACCAGGCGAGGACGACGAAGAUAGUCAAUUGAUUGUAUGGGCACGGGGAUCAUUGUUUCAGUGUUUCAAUGUUAAUAUUGUCGUUGCUGACCAGGGUUUCGGUAAAUUUCAAGCCAGUGAAAUCAAAUCGGGUUAUUUGAAGCAUUACGAUGAGACGAAAACUAUUACCUGGGUGGCUUUGUCACCGGAUGGCUCUACAUUGGGUGUAGGUAAUACAGAUGGCGUUAUACUCUUCUAUCAAGUGUAUAUCCACGACAAGGAACCCCGUUGUCUCCACGAAUGGAAACCAUAUAACGAUAAACCGGUGUCAUCAUUUUUCUUCCUGGACAAUUUAACUAAAAACAAUUCAGACACAUACUGGAAAUUUGCCAUAACCGGCGCCGAUAACAAUACGGAAUUUAAAGUUUGGGACUGCGGCACUUGGAAUUGUUUGCAGACGAUAAAUUUUAGCUGUAGCACAGAUAAGCCAUUACGCUUUGUAGCGGAAUUGGAUAGAACUUCAUCGUAUUUGGUUGUGUCCAGCUUAGAGACCCGCACAUGUUAUGUGAUGCAAAUCAUAAACACAAGUAGCUGCUACCCCGCCAUCAAAGAAGAGACCUCGGACAAUGAAGAAUCAAUCAAUAAAGAUACUAGUGGCAGCAGCGUUGCAUCCAGCAGUACGUCUCAGAUGUCGUCUCCGGUUGUCGUUUACAUCAAGAGUAUUUCCGAAUUUCCUCUUAGUUCUGGUAUACUGUCCUUUUCCAUAGUUGACGCUGCCGUAAGGCGGUACAAGUGCUCCAACGAUAAUUACAUGUGCGAAGAACUAGACGACUAUGAUGAAGAGACCUCCUCGAUUUAUUGUGUUGUUGUUCACAUGUACGUUGUCCAGGCGAAGAGUAUGCAAGAGUGUCACAUACUGUAUCAACCAAGUGUGCCGGAGAAUGCUGAUGUAAAGAGUACCAUGUCAAGCAGUGAUACUAGUGCUGUAAGCAGAAGUAAUACAAGCAAUAAAACCCUGCCAUCGAAUGCAAGUGAAAGUAAUGAACGAACGGACGAUGAUGAUGAUGAUGAUGUAAAGGUUUUACAUAAUGAAAAUGAUAUGGAAGAGCUCACGCGUAACAUUCCUCUUAUUAAGGAUGAGUUUACAGGAAACAAACAAAACGCUUUGGAACUGUUGUUAGACAUUGCAUCCUCUUCAAACGUGUCGUCCACAGGUAAUAUAACCUCAAGUUCCGGCGGAUCGACUGUGGUUGCAGUAGCAGCAGCUGCUGCAGCGGCUCCAAGUGUCAUUGCUACAGAAAAUAACGUCGAUUCGCGUAAUCCAUCUCCAAAAGUAGCAACAUCAAAUAAGAAUUAUCCACAAUUAAAUCUCAUGACGCCGGAUGCUUUCACUUCCACUUCAUCGGCCAACAAUGAGCGUAAAACUCCCGAAAAUGUCAGCAGUGAAGUGCUUAAUACAAUAUUGAUGUUGGCUGGUGUGGCGGGCCAGAAUGCAGGCCCUGUUAAAUCGGAAAAUAUAAAUCUAUUGAAUUUGGUAAACAAUAAAAUCAUUGAAGACAAGGAACAGCAGAAAAUGCAAUUGAAGCACCACAAUCUUGAAUCGCAAAAGAACUUUAUGGCAAUUGACAGAAAUCCCGGUAGAAAUAUAGGUGAAAAUUUGGCUAGUGGUGGUUCAAGUCCCAGUCGUGAAGUACAAGAAAUAAUGUCAUUACAGGAGUAUGACAAGAGUUCAUAUAGUGGCGAUGAGCUGCUAGAGGAUAACAAUGAACAUGUUACUGAAACUGAUGCACCAGGGUCAGAUGAUAUUAACGUAACAGCUCCUGAUCCUUUAAAAACGAACACAAAAUUAGCACAAACUACUGCAGCCAGCUCAAAUUGGCCAAAAGUACCCGAUGUUCCAAAAGUAUCGAAUAAUAAACACUCUGCUGAACUGCAAAAUGCGGCCAAUUUAAUUUCACAAGCUGUUAAUGCCUCUUCAAUGUCGAACCUUAGCAAUAGUCACAUUGCCCCUACUCUCGGCAACGCCAGCAAUAAUAGUAGCAACAACAAUAACAACAACAAUAUUGUGCCAAAUAAUAUGAACAAUGUUGCUAACGAUUUGAGUGAUAUUAAUGGAAAAAUAAGUGAACUAAUUGAUUUGGUUAAAAUGCAAUCGAUACAAAUAAGUAGUCUACAAAAUGAAGUUUCUGAGCUGAAAAAGGUAAAUGGUAAUUUUAGUCCUAAGAAUAUGACUGAAUUUGGCUACAAGCUAGAGAUGCAAUUGUCUAAGUUAAUGGAGAAGUAUUUGUUACGUUACGAAACUGAACACAAUCGUAAAUUGUCCAAGUUUUUGGCUGGCAAAGAUGUACAAAAUCGCGAAUUGCGUGAUAGUAUAAUGCAGAUAAUGAAUCGAUAUGUGCUGACACAAUUCGGUGAAAUGAUGUCCAAAGUAAUGGCUCUGGAGACACAACGUCAGUUGGCCCCCAUGUUGGCUGCCAAACUGGAUAAUAUGCAGCAGCAAAUACAAUUAAAUGUGGCACAGAAACUCUCAGCGUUCGAUUUAAUGAUUAAGGAGAAUAUUGCACAGGCGUGCAAGAGUAAAACAAUUAUCGAUACGUUUGGUAAAUCAGUAUUAAUUGGAGUACAGGGCAGUUUGCAGGCUGCUUUCGUUGAGUCGAUGUCCAGCACUUUAAUUCCCGCCUAUGAAAAAUCCUCCCAAAACAUGUUUAAACAAUUGCAUGAAGCCUUUUCCGUGGGUAUAAAAGAAUUUAUGGAACAAUUUGAUAAUUAUUUGCAACAACUGCAACCAAUGCAUGACUCCACGGAGGAAAUUCUUAAUAAAUUCUCCGGUUUUCGUCAACAUUUGGAUUCGAUUUUAACUAAACAUCGAAACGGUGUACAAGAUGUAAUGCUCGACACACGUAAAGAUAUUAAGGGAUUAGAGUUGUUACUAUCGCGACAAAUUCAAGAAACUAUACGAUCGGAGGUGCGAAAAUCGUUCGAAAAUCAAGUUGCAGCCAUACGUUCACAAGCGAACACUCCUGCUCCCAUGUACGGUCUUAAAGACACCAUUCGACACCUUUUGCUACAGGGACAGAUAAAUAAAGCAUUCCAUCAAGCAUUGUUAGCCAAUGAUUUAAGUUUGGUGGAGUUCACCCUAAAGAGUGCCGACCAUAAUGCCGUAUUUACACCUGACUGCUGUUUGGAACAAAAGGUUUUACUAUCUUUAAUACAGCAAAUCUCGGCCGAUAUGAGCGACCACAAUGAACUCAAACAAAAUUAUUUGGCUGAAGCGUUGCUGGCCAUAAACCCAAUGGAUCCCAUUACCAGAGAACAUGCUCCGAAAGUUUUGCAAGAACUUUUCCGCAAUUGCCAAAUGUUUCUCAUUAAUUAUCCCAAGAGUUCACAAUGCAGCAAUGUGCGCAUGCUAAUGAAAGCUGUACAGGCCUAUAAAGAUCAAUUCUAAUACGCGGCCUUUUCCAUUGUCCAUUCGACCGCAUACCGAUUUAAUUUAAAAAGAUGUUAAAAUCAAAAUCGCCAAGCAUUCUUUGUUAUAUUAUAAUUAUAAAAAGAAUUGAAUUCUUGCAAAAUGUUUCUAUUCUACAUCGUCCAAUUUGUGUGUUUUUUUUUUAUUAUUUUCAUUUUCUUGUAUAAUUGCAAUGGACUAUAAUUUUCCUUUUAACUUAAGAAUUAUCGUCAUUUAUGUGUUUAUUUGCUCCCUAUCGAAUCUUAAAUAUUUUAAAUGUUAUUUUUCAACUCUUUAUUUUUCUCCUCGAACGUGCAAGAUUGUUUAAUUUUAAAGUUGUGUUAAUGGACAUUAUUUCAAAUGAAAUUUUCAAAUCAUAAUUGUUUGCGGCGUAACUAUUAGUAGAGCAAUAAAAUAAAAUCAGAAAAACGUACUCACUCCAUGCGAACCCAACUGACUAAAACGCUUGCAGACAUUUAAGUGUGACUACUGACUGUCUUAAUUUUAUAACAAGAAAUGAAAAUCAUGAAAACUUUUGUCUUUAAUUAUAAACUAAAAUGUGCAACAUUUAUAAAGCUCAUUAAGUUUAAGUAUUUUUUGUAACAAAUUAAUGUCAUUAUUAUAUAUUGAAAAACAAACAAAUAUUUAUCCCUCAACAAAAUGUUAAAUAUAAGAAAUAAAUUUAAAAAAAAACUAAUUAAAAUGAAAGAAAAAAUCAA